AUGCCGGAUGCAUUUGAAAUCGCUUAUCCGCUGUCUCCGUCAUUAAGCCCGCAAGACAUACGCGCACGUGCCAAUUCAUCUAGUAAACGUAAACCAGUAGUGACAUUUCUGUCUGGGGACGUUGCUGUGGAAAUACCAGAUAAAUCAGUUGCCGGUGCGGACAAGCCCUUGGCAAAAAGUGAUAAAACUGAAUCCGAAUUAGACAGCUUUGCAGAGUCUCUAACAACUAUGCAAAGUACGUGGUUCGAUAAAAGGGAAUUACAAUAUAGUUUUAAGACUAUGAGGUAUCAAGGAUUCACAGUGAAUGGAACAUCAGAAAUGUUUCAAAACUCUACUGCUACAAACGGCUCGUCGUAUGGCAAAGGGGACAGAUAUACAGCUGCUCCUAAUGAAAUUUUCGUGAACAGAUCGUUACAUUUAGAAAAUGUUAAGUUCUAUGGAUUUGAUAUGGAUUACACUCUGGCAGAGUAUAAAUCGCCGCAAUAUGAAACAUUAGGUUUCAAUCUAACCAAAGAGAGAUUAGUUCACAAAGGGUACCCACAAGAAAUAUUAGAAUUUGAAUAUGACCCUUCAUUCCCUGUCAGAGGUCUUUGGUUCGACACAUUGUACGGCAACUUAUUAAAAGUUGAUGCAUAUGGUAACAUAUUAGUCUGCGUACAAGGAUUUGAAUUUUUAAAACAUUCUCAGGUCUACGAAUUGUAUCCGAAUAAAUUUUUGACACUUGACGAGUCUAGAGUGUACGUGUUAAAUACAUUAUUCAAUUUGCCCGAGACGUAUCUAAUAGCGUGCCUCAUAGACUUCUUCACAAAUUCGCCGCAAUACACGAGGGAAAAGACCGGUGUAAGAUGCGGCGAUUUAGCUAUGUCCUUCAAAUCGAUAUUCCAAGAUGUGAGAAAUGCAGUAGAUUAUGUUCACAUACAUGGAGACUUAAAGAAGAAAACUACAGAAAAUCUAGACCUUUAUCUGAAAAAAGAUGACAGAUUACCAAUGUUUCUGUCGAGAAUACGGGAAAGUGGUGCUAAAUUGUUCAUCCUCACAAACAGCGACUACAACUUCACAGACAAAAUUAUGAACUAUCUAUUCGAUUUUCCAUAUGGUGCUAAGCCCGGCGAGCCUCAUAGGAAUUGGAAGACAUAUUUUGAUUGGAUCGUAGUAGAUGCCAAGAAACCACUGUUCUUUGGUGAAGGCACAACGUUACGUCAAGUCGACACUCGCACAGGUGCUUUGAAGAUGGGUCACCAUGUUGGACCGCUUCAUGAGGGAUUGGUUUAUUCUGGAGGUUCAUGCGAUGUUUUUACCGAGUUGAUAGGUGCAAAGGGCAAAGACGUGCUAUACAUCGGGGACCACAUAUUCGGAGAUAUACUGAAGUCGAAGAAAAUCGGCGGAUGGCGCACUUUCCUUAUCGUACCUGAGUUAGUUCAAGAAUUGCACGUGUGGACCGACAAGUGCCAGCUAUUCGCUCAAUUACAGAAUUUGGAUAUACAACUCGGUGAUAUGUACAAAGAUCUAGACUCCAGUACAAAAGAGAAGCCCGAUAUAUCCAAGCUCCGCAUGUCGAUCCGUGACGUCACGCACAAGAUGGACCUCGCUUACGGUAUGCUGGGUUCGCUAUUCCGCUCGGGCUCGAGGCAAACGUUCUUCUCUUCUCAGGUGGUGAGGUACGCGGACCUGUACGCGGCGUCGUUCCUCAACCUGAUGUACUACCCGUUCUGCUACAUGUUCCGCGCGCCCGCCAUGCUCAUGCCGCACGAGUCCACCGUCGCGCACGAGCAGCGCUUCACCGUCGACGCGCCCACCAUCGACCGGUCGAGGCAUUCAAGUACUCCGCGCGUGAUGAGUGAACGUGCCUUUAGUGCUGCAUGUGUUGCUGAAAUUUCCUCAGAAGAAGUGGUAUCGGAUAACGUGGACUUGAAGGUCGGUGCCGCACGCGCGACCGGAGACGCCGCAGCGCCUCACGCACACGCACGACGAGGACUGCUCCGACGACGACGACAUCUCCAAGCACAAGUAGACGUCGGGCAAGAAUACCUCUGGCUCACGAUC